AGUAUUGUAGGAUUUGGAAAAAGGAAAAGCACCCAAAAGCCCAACUUCAAGAUGUGUUCAUCCUCUCCGACCUUCAUUACUGAAAUCUCCUCUUCAUCCUCCUCACCAUUAUUGAUCAUAAAUUUCAAGAACAUCGAGGACUACCUUGCAACUUACGAGCAUUCAAUACCUAUCGUCUUCAAUUCCAACUUCAAUUCCAACUUCAAUGCCAACUUCAAUUCUAAAUUCAAUUCGAUCCCGUCAUCGCCAAUUACUCGCAAAAGAUUCAAUUCGACCUCGAACCAGAAUCUAACUACUAAAUCACCUUCAAUUCGUUCCCACCAUCGUCUCCCUAAGUUUUAUUACAAAUUAAUUUCCCCAAAUCAUUUACUAUUUCUUAAAUCAUGUCGGUUAUGGGUUGUUCUUUGACAUUCCAACCACUACCAUCCCUUAAUCCAAUCCUAACUCUAUUUAACAAUGUUAGGUUUUCCAUGAGUAAUGAUACGACCAAGAGCUACAUACAGAUUGUAAAAUGAUUGAUGAUAUAGACAAUGCCAAACAUGCUCGAUUGAUAAGAAAACAUAUACUUGCCCAAAGGAGAAAUCGGCGAGGAUUAGCCUCUUCUCCGUUCCCGAGAGAUGUACAACAAAGGGUCGCAAUACAAAACUUGGAAUCAACAAAUGGUACUCAACAAAGACAAAUUUUGGAUCUUAACAUCCAACAGCAAACACACCAAUAUGCCAGACUGCAUAGCAAUGAUGGUAAAGACAAAGCUAAACUUGCUCGAUUCUUAAGAAAAAAUAUAAUGAUCCAAAGGAGAAAUGGACGAGCAUCAACCUCUAGAUCGUCGUCCAUAGAUGUUAGAAGACUCGUGACUGCUAGCAUUGGUAUUCGACAAAGACAAAAUUUGGAACUUCAUGUCCAGCAACAAACACAUCAAUCUGGCUUAGUGAAAAUUGAUGAUGGUAAAGACAAAGCUAAAGUUGCUCGAUUGUUAAGAAAAGAUAUACUAACCCAAAGGAGAAAUCGACGCGCAUCAACCUCUAGACCGUCAUCCAGAGAUGUUAGAAGACCCUUUAGAAGACAUGUGGCUGCUAGCAUUGGCAUUCAUCAAAGACAAAGUUUGGAGCUCCAUGGUCAACAACAAAUACAACAAUCUGCCGAACUACAAAUGGACAAUGGUAAAGACAAAACUAAACUCGCUCGAUUGCUAAGAAAACAUAUACUUACCCAAAGGAGAAAUCGACGCGUAUCAACCUGUACACCGUUCUCCAUAGAUGUUGGAAGACCCGUGAGUACUACCAUUGACAUUGCAUCCAGCUGAAACACUAUACCACCUGCUCCAAGUCGUGGAAGAAAAUGGACCCGUCAAAGUGUGAAUGGACUACUGGCCACAUCAGCGGAGGCACAACAAAGGACCGCAUAUCAAAACUCAGAAUCACCCAAUGAUAUGGAGCAAACACAAAGUGCGGCACUUCAUGGCCAACAAAAAAUACCCCGUACUACGAGACAUAUAAAAUAUACACCGAACCCUGGAAUUUUGGUGGGCCAACUGAAGUGUGUCCAAAAUGUGAAGUUAUAGUUUGGUAUGAGGAACGAGCGAGGAAGGACAGAAAUAGUAGUUCACCUGAAUACAGUUUUUGCUGUCAAAAGGGCAAGGUCAGGUUACCUCUAUUGAAAGACCCACCAGAAUUUUUGAAGGAUCUCUUGGACAAUAAUGAUAGUAGAUCGAAGAUUUUCAAGGAAAAAGGAAGGAUGUACAACUCCAUAAAUGCUUUCACUUCAAUGGGAGGGAAGGUAGACAGCAGUAUCAAUCGGGGAAAUGCUCCGUAUGUGUUUUGAUUAAAUGGGCAGAACCACCACAAGAUUGGGUCAUUGCUUCCGCCAGAAGGGCAACAACCAAGGUUCACCCAGCUUUAUAUUUAUGACACACAGAACGAAGUAUCUAACCGGAUAAACAGUCUCGGAAGUGUGGGAGAGAAACCUGAACUAGACCCUGAAAUUGUAGCAGGAUUAUCAAAGAUGUUUGAUGAGCAUAAUGAACUGGCAAAAGUAUUCAGAAUGGCCAGGGAAAGGUUCCAGGAGUCUGAUUUACAACCUGUGAAUAUUCGCUUGAUCGGAACAAGAGCAAAAGAUGGAAGACAAUACAACCUCCCUACAACUUCAGAGGUUGCGGCUUUGAUAGUGGGUAUAUGUGAUACAGAAAAAGGGCCUAGGGAUGUCAUUAUCGAGGACAAACACUUUGGUCUGAAAAGGAUAUCCGAGCUUCACCCAAGUUUCAUGGCAAUGCAAUAUCCACUUCUUUUUCCAUAUGGAGAAGAUGGGUAUAGGACAGAAAUCCCCCACACUGAUGUGGAACAAACGGGGAGAAGGGUAAGAACUACAGUGACUAUGAGAGAAUACUACGCAUUUCGCUUUCAACAGAGAAAGAAGGAGGCAAAAACAAGAUUCCAAUUGGGGAGACUAAACCAACAACAACAAGUUGAUGCCUUCACAUGCAUCCAAGAAGGUAGAUUAGAAUGGGUAAGAGGCAACCAAAAAAAGCUUCGCAAAGAUGUGCUACGUGAAUUGGCGGAUGCUGUUUCUCGAGGAGACACAACUCCUGCAUCUGUAGGACAACGUGUCAUACUAGCUGCAUCCUUCAUGGGAAGCCCGAGAUUCAUGAUUCAAAACUAUCACGACGCCCUAGCUAUUUGCAGAUGGGCUGGCCCUCCAGAUUUGUUCAUCACUAUGACAUGUAAUCCGAGAUGGCCAGAGGUCAGGGAUUUCUUAUCCUUGAUUCCCGGUCAAAAACCAGAAGACCGACCUGAUAUUAUCGCUCGAGUUUUCAAGAUAAAGCUUGAUGAACUGAUGGUGGACCUCACCAAAAGAAAUAUUUGCGGCCGCACUAAAGCAGGUAAAUAUAAUCCAAUUUUUUACGAAAACAUAUAUGUCCAAUCAGAAACUAAACACUUUAAAAUGUUCUACAUAUAUGCAUGCGCUCCGUUUGUGUUUGGGUUGAUGUGGCAUAUGUUAUUAUAUUAUGUCUUAUAAGUUAAUAAUAUAUUGUGCUUUCCAAAAAUCAGUUUUCACUCAAAAAUGUUAUAUAUAGCAUGCGCUCCAUUACUGUUUUGGGUAGAUGUCGCAUAUGUUAUUAUAUUUUGUCUUAUAAGUUCAUAACAUAUUGCCCCUUACAUAAAUCAGUUUACACUACAAAAUGUUCUAUAUAUGCAUAUAUAGAAAUAAAUAUAUCAUAUAUAGUGCCCUCAAUCUUCGCCCUGCCAUUAGUAUCUUUCGUUUGCGGAUUAAUUACCCCCCUUCGAAAUAAAUAACUUCUAAACCCCUGUCUCCUGUACACUUUGCUACCCAAAUCAUUUAUUGGGGUUUAGGGAUUUUUAUUCUGCUUAAAGGUGCCUUCUGCAAAAUGUGAGUUAUUGAUCGAUUCUCGAAAUGUCUGAUCGUCUACUGCUUAAUUCAUAAGGUGAGUAGUCAGGUGUACUUUUAUUUGCUCGCCUUCCUUAUUUAUGCAUGUUUAAGGAAAGUGUUUGUGUGUAUAGUGUACUAUUAUAGUUGGGUUUGUCACAAGUUUUUGUAUCAAUGUAUCAUAAUAUGCUAUGAUUGUGUGAUGCAAAGUGGGAGUUAUUUAUUAAAUUUUGGUUGCCUAUUCACAAUAUGUAUGCACUUCAAUUUGCAGUAUACAAUUCCAUUUGUCUUAGUCAUUCUUGAAAUGCCUAGUCGCUGCAAUCUAGGAACAUUGUAUAUGGAUGGAAGUUUGGGUCUAAUUUAGGAAACAGGUGUAAUGAGAACUCAUGCGCACCAAUACUGUCUUGGGUUGAUGUGGCAUACGUUAUUACCUUAUGUCUUAUCGGAAUAAAAGUUUACAACACAAAAGUACCAUUGCUAUUCUAACAAUCUGUACCA